CGACAACAGAUAACGACUGCUGGUACAAAGGAGUGUGGUACAACAAUUACCAACAAACUGACAAAGCUGGUUUAUGUCACUGUUAUCGCGGUGAGGUCAUUUGCGUAGAGGAAUCGGACGUAAUUGUUAUUGGUGAUGACCAAGAUUCCACAGGCGGUUAUGAAUUAGCUCUUCCACGGAGAUUACAAACAAGACAGAGACAGCAAUCGAGUGGGUGCAUUGUCAACGGCAGAUGGGUCCCAAACGAGCAGGAAUUCGCGAUUGCCGGGGUCAUGUGUAAAUGCAACGGCCCUGAUCAUCUCUGCAAU